AUGGGUUCCAAAAUUCUCCCGCAGGCAUUUGCUGGGAUACCCAGAAAUCCUACUCAAUUUCCUGUUCCAAAGAAAUUAGGGUUUUCUUCAACAAUCAAUCGCAGUUCCUAUCUUUCCAAUUCGGCUUCUUUUAGUAGAGUUUCAGCCUCUAGGGUUUCUUCAACGUCAUUUAGUUCGAAUCUUGACGCAAUUGUGAAGGCCUUUGCGAGGCAGAGUUUUGUAACUAGGGCGGAGUCGGAGUCUGGAGGUGGAGAAGUUGUGGAAGAAACUGAGAAUGUUGAUGAAGAAGUAGCUGAAGAAGGGAGUGAAGAAGAGGAAGUUAAAGCUGAAGUUGAAGUAGCAGUGAAAGAACCCAGAAAGCCUCGAGUUCAGCUUGGAGAGAUAAUUGGGAUUUUGAAUAAGAGAGCUGUAGAGGCAUCAGAGAAGGAAAGGCCGAUUCCCGAUAUAAGGACCGGGGAUGUAGUGGAGAUCAAAUUGGAAGUUCCUGAAAAUAGGCGAAGGCUUUCCAUUUACAAAGGCAUCGUCAUAUCUAAGCAGAAUGCUGGUAUCCACUCAACAAUUAGGAUUCGGAGGAUUAUUGCUGGCAUAGGAGUUGAGAUCGUAUUCCCAAUCUACUCGCCAAAUAUCAAGGAGAUAAAGCUAAUCAAGCACAGGAAGGUUAGGAGGGCAAGAUUGUAUUAUCUAAGGGACAAGCUUCCCAGAUUUUCCACUUUUAAAUGA